CUUGAGGAUGGCCGCUCAGCGAGGUGGGCUGUUGACUGGGGUGCCAGUGAGAGUGCGGAUGGAUUGCAUACGACCCUUCCUGACCUAAUACGGCAGUAUUCCCACUUUCCUGUGUGGUGCAGCAAUAUGCAUGGGGAAAGAUGGGUUCCAACAGUGAAGUGGCCCGGCUGCUGGCCAGCAGUGACCCACUGGCCCAGAUCUCAGAGGACAAACCAUAUGCAGAGCUGUGGAUGGGGUCCCACCCCCGGGGAGAUGCCAAGAUCCUUGACAACCGCAUCUCGCAGAAGACCCUAGGCCAGUGGAUUGCUGAUAAUCAGGACAGCUUGGGUUCGAAGGUCAAGGACACCUUUAAUGGCAAACUGCCCUUCCUCUUCAAAGUGCUUUCAGUUGAAACGGCCCUGUCCAUCCAGGCACACCCUAACAAGGAGCUGGCAGAGAAGCUGCACCUCCAGGCUCCACAGCACUACCCCGAUGCCAACCAUAAGCCAGAGAUGGCAAUUGCUCUCACCCCCUUCCAGGGCUUAUGUGGCUUCCGGCCAGUUGAGGAAAUUGUGACCUUUCUAACAAAGGUGCCAGAAUUCCAGUUUCUAAUUGGAGACAAUGCAGCAGCACAACUGAAGCAGAGCCUGAGCCAGGACCCCGAGGCUGUGACCUCUGCUCUGCGGAGCUGUUUCUCCCACCUGAUGAAGAGUGAGAAGAAGGUGGUGGUGGAGCAGCUGAACCUGUUGGUGAAGCGGAUCUCACAGCAAGUGGCUGCUGGAAACAACAUGGAGGACAUCUGUGGGGAGCUCCUGCUGCGGCUGCACCAGCAGUACCCGGGUGAUAUCGGAUGCUUUGCCAUCUACUUCCUGAAUCUGCUUACCCUGAAGCCAGGGGAGGCCAUGUUUCUGGAGGCCAACGUGCCCCAUGCCUACCUGAAAGGAGACUGCGUGGAGUGCAUGGCAUGUUCAGACAACACAGUGCGUGCUGGCCUGACACCCAAGUUCAUCGAUGUGCCAACUCUGUGUGAAAUGCUCAGCUACACCCCCAGCCCCAGCCAGGACAGGCUCUUCCCUCCAGCACGGAGCCCGGAAGACCCCUACCUCUCUAUCUACGAUCCCCCUGUGCCAGACUUCACCGUUAUGAAGAUGGAGGUACCUGGCUCUGUCACUGAAUACAAGGUCUUGGCCCUGGACUCUGCCAGCAUCCUCCUGGUGGUGCAGGGGACAGUGACAGCCAGCACCCCCACAGCCCAGGCAACAAUCCCCCUGAAACGUGGCGGGGUGCUCUUCAUUGGGGCCAAUGAGAGUGUCUCACUGAAGCUCACUCUGCCCAAGGACCUGCUGAUGUUCCGUGCCUGCUGCCUGCUGUAGAGGCCACAGCCUUCUUGGCUCUCCUCUGCCAGUCACCCUACAUCCUGGCCAGCCUCAGCUCCGCAGACCCAGCCCAGAUCCCUUCCCUGCUCUGGGCUCUUCGGGUACACCCUCAAAGACUCGGGGAGAAGAGCUUGAAGGUGGUGACUCCUGAGCAGGCAGAGGCUGAACGGCCUUCUUCUUCCUGGUAGGAGGGGCCCAUGUGAGGACUGAGAGCUGAUACUCCCCCUUGGAUCUCGCCACACUGGAGCCAGGCUCUUCUCAGAGCUCAAGGAGAGCAGCAGCCCUGUCCCAGCCUAUGGCAUUAGGCAGACUGGUGCGAUCUAGGAUUAGCUCAGCAGCAGUCACGGCAAGAUAGGUAAUUAAUCUGUAAGAAUAUAGGGUUCCACAGUGCAGAGGGAAAAGGAUAGCCCCGUGGCCUGAUGCUGCUCUGUUAAAGCAAUUAAAGAUCACUUGUGUUGA